AUGGACUUCCAGCUGAAAGAAUACAACAAGGCAAUUACAAUACUCUACAGUUUUAAGAUUAGUGAAAAGAUGCACACUAAUCAAAAUCAGAAAUUUUUAUUCUUAACAAAUGUGUAUGUAACAUCUUGGGUCAAUUUUGAUACACGGUUUCUGUUCUUGUUUUCUUUGCCUUCUCUGUGGAUUUCAACAGAUGGCUCUGUUCUGGGGAGGCUUCUUUAACAGCUGAAAGCAGAUGUGGUUCCAAAGACAGCAGAAAACUUUAGAGCUCUUUGUACUGGUGAAAAAGGAUUUGGAUAUAAAGGAUCCACAUUUCACAGAGUGAUUCCUUCAUUUAUGUGCCAGGGUGGUGACUUUACAAAUCAUAAUGGAACUGGUGGAAAAUCCAUUUAUGGCAGUAGAUUUCCAGAUGAAAAUUUCACACUUAAGCACGUAGGACCUGGGGUUCUUUCAAUGGCCAACGCGGGACCCAAUACAAAUGGGUCUCAGUUCUUCAUUUGCACUGCAAAAACUGACUGGUUAGAUGGAAAACAUGUUGUUUUUGGGCACGUGAAGGAAGGAAUGGAUGUUGUGAAAAAAAUUGAGAGCUUUGGUUCCAAGAGUGGAAAGCCCUCCAAAAAGAUUGUCAUUACUGACUGCGGCCAGCUGUCCUAGCCUUUUGCCCUACCAUUCAGGACAACUUCAAUGCUGUGAAAAAUGAAUCGUAAAAAUCCCCAAGCAUUUCUGAUCCCAUGAGUAGCAUCUAUGGAGCCAUAUUUUCUAUUUAACUUUGUUGAUCUUUUAUACUUAUAUUGAAUAACCUUGAUUAAAAGCAUAAAGCA